AAACAUACGUACAUGAGACUCCAUAGCCUGCUCACUUUCUUUGCAUAUUUUUCUCUCUCUCGCUUAAACUUCUCUCUUUUGUUUUUAGUAUGCAAGCCGAAGAAGCCUAGGGAAAAAACAGUGUAUUGAAGCUAAGGCAAGGAGAUGAAGAUAUUUUGCGGAUUGUGGAUUCUGUGUUAUCUGCUUGCAUUUGUGGAUUCUGUGUUAACAUGCAACACUACAGACCAAGAUUUACUUUCGAGGGCUUUCAACUCUGUCUCCAAUUUCGAUCGUUCUUGGUUCGACUCUCCAGAUUCAAACUGUUCACAUCCUCCAAUAACAGAAAUCAGGCUUCAUUCAAGGAAUCUGACAGGUAACAUUUCAUGGAAGUAUCUGAGGAACGUUACAAGGUUACAAGCAAUUGAUCUCUCCAGCAACUCGCUGCAAGGGUCUGUGCCAGGUUGGUUUUGGUGCUUACAAAGCUUAGUUGAAGUAAAUUUGUCAAACAAUCGGUUAGGAGGAAGCAUUGUUGAACCCAAUUCGAGAAAUUGUUCGUCGAUUCAGGUUCUCAAUAUCUCCGGCAACAGAUUCACUAACUCCGUUAGGCUCUCUGGGUUUUCGAAUCUGAAAAUUCUAGACAUUUCACACAAUGAUUUGGGUGUUUUGCCUUCUGGGUUUGCCAAUAUGACCAAGCUGGAGCAACUUAAUAUUUCAAGUUGCAAAAUUUCAGGGGAAGUAAGGUCUCUUAAGGUCCUUCACUCAUUGAGAUAUCUAGAUGUGUCAAACAACUCAAUGAACGGUACUUUCCCUUCCGAUUUUCCUCCCCUAGACAAUAUCAAGUCCUUGAAUGUCUCACUGAACAAUUUUACUGGACUGGUUGGUCCUGAGAAGUCUCAUAGAUUUGGCAAAUCUGCUUUCAUUCAUGGUGGGAAUUUCAUUUUCAAUACCUCAAAAACUCCCAAUAACAUCAAACCACAUUCAAAAACCCCACCUCAGAAAACCAUCCCUAGACCCCAACCCAUCAAGAACCAAACCAAAAAACACAACCCUAAAUCACGUCACAAAGAUUUCGUCAUUGGCUUGUCCUGUGCUUCCGCAUUUGUUCUUCUAUCAGUUUCCAUAUGUGGCUUUUGCGUGUACAGAAAGAAAAAAUUGACCAGGAGAAACAAAUGGGCAAUCUCCAAACCGGUUCAGCUCCAAUUCAAGAUGGAGAAGUCAGGGCCGUUCUCCUUCGAAACAGAGUCGGGCACAUCAUGGGUUGCAGACAUCAAAGAACCAACAUCCGCACCAGUGAUCAUUUGCUCUAAGCCGUUGAUUAACCUCACAUUCAAGGACCUGAUUGCCGCCACAUCACAUUUUGGUAGAGAGUCUCUCCUCGCUGAAGGCAGGUGUGGGCCCGUUUACACCGCAAUCUUACCCGGAGACCUCCACGUUGCCAUCAAAGUCCUUGAAAAUGCCAGAGACGUUGAUCAUGAUGAUGCAGUAUCAUUGUUCGAAGAUCUUUCAAAGCUCAAACACCCCAACUUACUGCCGCUCUGUGGUUACUGCAUUGCAGGUAAGGAGAAGCUGGUUUUGUACGAAUUCAUGGCCAACGGCGACCUGGGGCGGUGGCUACACGAGCUCCCCACCGCUGCUCCCAACGUGGAGGACUGGAGUACUGACACGUGGGACCAACAAAAUUGCACUGCGCCAAACGUGUCAUCCCCUGAGAAAACUGAUUGGAUUACUCGCCACCGGAUCGCCGUGGGCAUCGCGCGGGGCCUGGCGUUCCUUCACCACUCCGGGUCCAUCCACGGACAUCUCGUUCCCUCCAACAUUCUCCUCUCCGAUACUCUCGAGCCCCGAAUUUCGGAUUUCGGCCUCCGAGAUAUUAGGUCCGCGAAUAUCGAAGACGAUAAACGUAGUGUCGAAAAUGACGUGUACUGCUUUGGGGUGGUUUUGAUAGAGCUUUUGACGGGUAUGGAAGGCAGUGACGAGAGUGUGAGGUGGGUUAGGAGAUUAGUGAAGGAGGGACACGGCGUCGACGCGCUUGACUCGAGGUUGACAAUGGGUGGUGAGUCGGUGAGUGAGAUGGAGGAGACACUCCGAGUUGGGUACUUGUGUACUGCGGAGUCGAUAAACAAGAGGCCCACCACGCAACAAGUUCUGGGUCUACUGAAGGACAUACAUCCUGACACGUGUUGAGCAAAGUUGACUCUUAACUCCACGUAAGAUUUGGUCAGCCAUUGGUUACUCUUUUUCAGUUUUGUCGCCUUGUUUGUUAGGAUUCCUAAAUUUUCUUUCAUGGGUGAUGUGCAGACAAAGUAGAUAAAAAUUUGGACCCGCAAAGAAAAAGAGAAAUGAAAAAUAGACAAAAGAAGGUGGGACUAGUUUUGUUGUUGCAGUUGAAGAGAUGGAUGUUGUCGUGGCGGUUUGGUUAUACAAAGAAAUCAGAGAAUGCCACUUAUCGUUUGUCUUGUUGGGGGUGAGCGGGCGAGAGUUGGUACUUGCUUGGUAUCAUAAAAUUCUUCAAGAUGAAGCUUUGAUAUGUUAUUGGUCUUACCAUGUAGACGGGUUGAUUGUCCAAAAUUUAGAAAAUCUGCUUGUUCAAGUGAUUUAUUUGGCACAUUUUCAUCUUUGGAUUAUCAAAUUGAAGCGUUUUGAUUUUCGAAA